AUGGAGUUCGACCAGCAUGUCGCGCCUUCGGGCGGGCAGCACUACAGUGCCCUUAACAAGGUCCCCAACAUCCAGCAGUUUAUGGCACAGCUGGACUCGGAGAAGAAGCACCGGGAUGAAGAAAUAGAUGCUCAAUUGAAGAAAAACAAGAAGAGCUCGUCAGAGGUGACGCCUCACACCAAUGAGGCCCGACCCAAAAAGGAGCACGCUCGCACUGUUCGCGACCCAGUGACUGGCAAAGAUGUGGAAAUCCGCGAUGUCAAGCUUGACUUCAGGGACGCCGUCGAGAACCCGCAAAUGUCUGUUCCCAACGAGAACUUGGGAAAACCAACCACUGUCAAGGUAUCGUCAGACCAGUCUGGGGAAGAAUACCGAUAUGCCCAGGACAUCACGGCGCCGCCUGAUCCCGUGCAGGAAGGGUCGACGUCCGACGUCCCCAUCCGCAGUGAAAAGACAUCAAUCCUGUUUUACAAGACACCCUCAGUCAGCUACGAGCCCAUGUUUGCCCACCUUGAGCAGCGAGGGAACAUUCUGGCUGUUGGUAUUUUUGCCGCCAUCAUCUUCUUUGGCAAAUUCUUUGGUGGAUCGCUCUGGGGAUUGAUUCCCUUGGCCUUCUGUGUCUCAUCUGGCGUAUUUCUAUGGGUCAAGGAUUUGAUCCGCCAGGGUAGGGAUAACGAGUGGGCAAGUGAGCAAGACCGUGGAGAGACGGCUACUGUGAAUCUGAUCCCCGAAUCGGUUGAGUGGUUGAAUACUGCUCUCGGCGUUGUCUGGGGGCUGAUCAAUCCUGAAAUGUUUGCUGGCGUGGCUGAUACCUUGGAGGAUGUCAUGGCCGCCUCUGUCCCUGGUAUUGUUGAGAACAUCCGAGUUGCCGACAUCUCCCAGGGCAACAACCCCCUUCGCAUCCUGAACAUGAGAGCUCUCCCGGACUCCCAUGUCCAGGACAUCAAGGACGAAAUUCACAAACAGAACGAAGCUAUCAUGGAUCCUGAUGAGCUUGCUGCUGUUGAGCAGGCUGGCUCAUUUUACAACCUGGAAGUAUCAGUCGCCUAUCAUGCCAAACCUUCCGGUCAAGAUAUCGCUUCCAAGGCUCGAAACAUGGGUAUGCAGUUGGUUUUCUACCUGGGUGUCAAGGGUUUGUUCGGAGUUCCUCUACCGAUCUGGGUCGAGCUCAUUGGACUGGUCGCCACGGCCCGAGUCCGACUCCAACUGACCCCUGACCCGCCGUUUCUGAAGACUGCUACUAUUACACUUAUGGGAGUCCCCAAGGUGCAGGCAGGCUGCACCCCUAUGAUUGAGAAAGGUGUAAACAUUCUGAACCUGCCACUCAUCUCUAAUUUCGUCAACUGGGCUAUUGCAGCAGCGGCGUCAAUGUACGUGGCGCCCAAGAGCUUGACUUUGGAUAUCAGCAAGAUGCUCCAGGGAGAUGACAUCAAGAAGGAGACACUUGCUCUCGGCGUCAUCUUCAUCCGUAUCCACAAGGCAGUCGGCCUCAGCAAGCAAGAUCAGCGAGGCAGCAAAGGAGGUGGUUCCGAUCCAUACAUCACCGUCACCUGGAGCAAGUUUUCCAAGCCCCAAUUCUGUACCCGUGUCAUCCAAGACGAUCUGAACCCCAUUUUCGAAGAGAGCUGCGGCCUCUUGGUGACAAGUGAUCUUAUCAAGGCAGACGAACAACUCUCCAUGGAGUUGUGGGACAGCGACCGCUCCUCGGCUGACGACGUGGUCGGCAAGGUCGAACUUAGCAUCCAGAAGUUGAUCCAGCAUCCUGGCAAGAUGUUCCCUCAGACUUCCAAGCUCCAGGGGCUCACUGCUGAAAGCAGCAUGCCCGGAGAGCUCCAUUGGGAGGUUGGAUUCUUCGGAAAGACCCAGUUUCGCAAGGCUCUUCGAACAUCUGGCAGGGACGUUAACUUGCCCAAGGAGCUUGCCGACAAGCCAGAGCUGCAAGAUGAGAGAGGCGCGGUUGAGACCAAGGAGGAAGAUGCUGUCACCCACACCCCUCCCGACCCAUUGUGGCCGUCUGGUAUUCUCAGCGUCGUUGUCCACCAGAUUGUGGGACUAGAGCUUGCUAAUGUCAAGGGCUCAGAAGGAAAGAGGAAAGGAAAGGAGUACGAGCCAGCCCGACCCGAAGCAGGAGAAGUCAAAGAGGAGCAGGGCAAGUCUCUCCCGAGCUCUUAUGCCACUAUCCUUAUCAACGACGAUCUUGUCUACAAGACACGUACCAAGGUGGUGUCCUCACAGCCAAUCUUCAAUGCGGGAACCGAGAAGUUCAUCCGGGAUUGGCGAUCGGCCAUCGUCACAGUUGCCGUGCGAGACUCACGGAACAGGCAGCAUGACCCCCUUAUUGGAGUCGUCCCUCUGAAGAUUUCAGAUAUUCUGCAAACGGCCAGUGAAGUGACUCGUUGGUACCCCCUGGAUGGCGGAAUUGGGUUCGGCAGAAUCCGUAUCUCUCUGCUGUUCCGAUCUGUAGAUCUUCGUCUCCCACCGCCUCAGCUAGGCUGGGACAUUGGCACAUUUGAGUUUUUGUCGGACAAGAUCACAAUUACCGGCUACAAUCGCAAUGCCCGCCUCCGUCUGCGCACAGGAGGAUCCUCUGCCAACAUCAAGAAAUCCUCAAUGCAGUCUGAGGAAGGAGGCGUCUCCUUCAAACUUGAGGGCGAGAACGAGGAAACCGGCCAGAAGGUCCGGUUGCCCGUCCGCCACCGAUACCGAUCGCCCAUCUUCUUUGAGCUUCAUCCCAGUGGUACCAAGAGAGGGGCUGAUGCUGUGGCGGCUCUGUGGCUCCUGGAGCUGACUGACGGGGAAGAAAAGGAUUUCGAUAUUCCUCUGGUCAAGUGUAGCAACAAUGUGCGAUACUCGCAAAACUACAUUACGUCUGAGACGUACAAAACUAUCCCAGAUACCGAGAUUGAGGAAAUCGGGCGGAUCAAGUUCCGUGGCCGGUUCUCUCCAGGAACAGACACGGAUCACAUCCGAUUUGUCAGUGGCAAUGACACACGAGAGACAAUCGAGACCUGGGAGGCAUGCUACGCUGAAGGUGUGCGGCAACAAGAGGUCCUCACGGAGGUUCCACCAGCCAUCCAGAAACUGCACGACGAGUCCUUGACCCAGGGACGGGACGUGCUGGCGCAAGCAGAUGAGAAGGAAAAGGAGAAGUGGCUGGCCAAGGAUGGAACCGACUGGAGUGGAGCUUUUGGCCAAGAUCCAAGUGAGUUGGCGGCUAGAAAAGGAAGCACAGCCGAUACCGAGGAGGACGACCAGUUUGACGAGGAGGAGUACGAUGAUGAUGACAGCGACGAACCUGACCUGGGGUUGAAGGAUGCUGAGACCCACGGCUCUCGAGACUCGGCGGAGAACAACUCCAAUGACCGAGCAUCUGUGGCCAGCCAUGGCACUGAUGCGUCCACCUCCUCCAAGAAGAGCUCGAAGAACCCCAUUGCCAUGUACAAGGACUACAAGGAGCGGAGCCGGGACUUGCACCGGAAGCAUCGUGGCCUGAUGCAAUGGAGACCGAUGCGGAACGCCCAGUUUGCCAAGAACGAAGCCAAAUUCGCCGUCAGGAAGGUCAAGACCUGGGGGGCGUUGGAUGGUAGGGAGCCGGAUGUGGAGACGGAGGUGUGA